AUGAGCUAUAAUAUGCCAUUGGACUCUCCAUAUGUGGAUGAGAAAAAGAAGCAGUUCAACUAUAAGCGUCGGGCGCUACAGGAUCGGUUAGGGACCUUUAUAGCCGAACAUAGAAAAACGGUGUUGGCAGUUUUUUGUGCCCUUUUCGUGUUGUUUUGGUUUGGAUCAGCUCAAUUUUCGCUGUUCUCCAGAGAUCCUAAAAUUGUGCUGAUACUGGCAGUCAAUGACGGUGGUGGGGUUCACAAGUGGAAGGGAGAACAAGAGUGGGCUAUCGAACGUAUUUCAAUUCAGAACAAACGUGCUUACGCUAAGAGACACGGGUAUGGUCUAACUAUCAAAGACUUGCGCACAGCGAAGAGGUACUCGCACGAAUACCGCGAAGGGUGGCAGAAAGUGGAGAUUCUGCGUCAAACGAUGCGCGAGUUUCCAAAUGCGGAAUGGUUUUGGUGGCUGGAUCCAGAAACUCUGAUCAUGGAGCCGCAGCUGUCACUGGAAAAGCACUUGUUUAAGCGCCUUGAUUCACUUUCCUACCGAAUUCUAGACGACUUCAACCCAUUACAACUUCCGUUGGAUAUCCCUUACGUGGACUACUCCCAAGAACCAGAGCUUUACAUCACUCAAGACUGUGGGGGUUUUAACUUGGGGUCGUUUUUCGUCAAAAACUCUGAGUGGACCAAACUACUGCUGGACGUGUGGUGGGAUCCUGUCUGUUACGAGCAAAAGCACAUGUUAUGGGAGCACCGGGAGCAAGAUGCCCUGGAGGCUUUAUACGCGAAUGAACCCUGGAUUCGAGAAAAGACAGCCUUUUUGCCCCUCAGAAGUAUCAAUUCUUUUCCUUCGGGUGCCUGUUCAGAGUUUUCUGACGAUGCUCGUUAUUUCUACAGCGAGGAGGAUCGGGAUUUUGUGGUGAAUAUGGCGGGUUGCAGUUUUGGCAGAGACUGUUGGGGUGAGAUGCAACAUUACGGCUCUAUAAUGGAGUCCCACGCUAAAAGGUGGUGGCGCCGAAUGUACUAG